CCCCCGAGUCACCUUGGUGAACGUGGAAAUGGCGGCGGAGAAGGGCCGGAGCUCCCCGAAGUCCAUCAAAUUCCUCUUCGGGGGGCUGGCGGGGAUGGGGGCCACGUUCUUCGUCCAGCCGCUGGACUUGGUGAAAAACCGUAUGCAGCUCAGCGGGCAAGGAGGCCGGGCGAAGGAGUACAAGACCAGCUUUCAUGCUGUGAGCAGCAUUAUGAGAGCUGAGGGGAUCAGAGGAAUCUACACCGGUCUUUCCGCUGGCUUGCUGCGCCAGGCCACCUAUACGACCACCCGCCUGGGCAUCUACACCAUCCUCUUCGAGAGGCUCACCAAGGCUGACGGGACGCCACCCAACUUCUUCAUCAAAGCUGGAAUCGGGAUGACAGCGGGUGCGAUCGGUGCCUUCGUGGGGACUCCUGCCGAGGUAUCGCUAAUCAGGAUGACUGCCGACGGCAGGUUGCCUGUCUCAGAACGUAGGGGCUAUACAAAUGUGUUUAACGCGCUCUUUCGCAUUACCCGUGAGGAGGGUGUCUUCACACUCUGGCGAGGUUGUGUCCCAACGAUGGCUCGAGCUGUGGUGGUGAAUGCAGCCCAGCUGGCUUCCUACUCUCAGUCCAAGCAGUUCCUCUUGGGUCUAGGUUAUUUCAACGAUAACAUCCUUUGCCAUUUCUGUGCCAGUAUGAUUAGCGGGCUUGUGACAACAGCUGCCUCCAUGCCAGUUGACAUUGCAAAAACUAGAAUUCAAAAUAUGCGGACAAUUGAUGGCAAACCUGAGUACAGGAAUGGAUUGGACGUCCUCUUAAAGGUCACCCGACACGAGGGGUUCUUCAGCCUCUGGAAGGGUUUCACUCCGUACUACGCACGUCUGGGACCGCACACGGUCCUCACCUUCAUAUUCCUGGAGCAGAUGAACAAAUAUUACAAGCGCUACUUCCUGGAUCAAUAAAAUGGUGACUCCUUUAGCCUUACCUGCCAGGGGUAUAAAACGUGAGAGUGAGGGUGGUUGGUGGUGAGGGAGUUGGGAGCACAAUGUAUAACCGAAUCUACUAUUGACCAGUCACGGGUUAGGUUGAUCUUUUACUUUGGCUGAAUGUCAAGGGUGAGAGGCCCACUGACAGUGUGGUUUUGAGAAUGUGAGUGCGUGUAUGCGUGACAUUAUCCCAUCGGGAAAGUUGACUUUAAUCUGUUAAUUUGUCCUCUGACCUUUGCCCCAGGGAAACACCCCGUUCCCUAAGCAUAGUUCAAAGGGAUGUGACCUGUCUGGUCCUUCGACCUCUCAAUCAGAUCGUGAAUAAUCCGCCUUGAAUCUCUAGACCUCAGUCCGCACCAUCAGGCCCAGGUUAUGUGGUCAUUAUCACAUUGGUGUUCGUGGGAGCUUGCUGUGCACAAAUUGGCCACCACGUUUCCUGCAACGCAGCAGCAACUAAUCUUCAGAAGUUCCUUCAUUAUCAGCAAGACAUACUGGGACAUCCUUCACUGGGAAAGAGCUUACAGGUUUUUAUUUCUGCUAAAGCACUUCCACCAGUCCCAAACUUCCAACUUAGCCCCAGUCCCCUGAUUACCUCCCCUCACCCCACCCUAGUCUCAAAGGCUUCUUCAGAUUUCCGAUGGUCUCUCGCUGAAGAAUUGCUUCCUGACGUCACCCAUCAACAACUGAGCUCUGACUUUAACCUUGCUUCCUCUGGUUCCAGCCCUUCCCAUUUGAGGGAGACCCCCAGGACGGGGCUCCUUUGAAGAUGAGGGUUGGAGAUGUAUCGGGGAAGGACUGGACCUUGUUGUUUGAACCUUGGGGUUCCUGGAUCUCGGGGAUUGCAGGGUGGGGGGAGGAGUUUGGUGUGAGUUGAUGGUAGUGGAUGUUUCAGGGAACUCAUCUCCUGUUCCCAUAGUGAGUGUUGACCCAGAGGUCAGUCACCUGGUGUUGUGCUGAAACCCUCCAGUACCCACCGUCAUGUGUCUACCUUUUACUUAAAGUCAAGGAGCUGUACAGAAACAGGCCCUUCGGCCCACCAUGUCCGUGCCAGCCUUUUUGUCCAUCUACACUAAUCCCAUUUGUCUGCCUAGUUCAACAGGUGAAAGACCUGCCUUUCUCCCAGAGCCUACCUUUUGGGUUGGGGGAGGUGGAGAUGGAGAUGGGGUUGGUAGGGAUGGAAUUUCCCCCUUUCCACUCCUGACCGCUGCAACUCAGGAUAGGAAGUUUAAGCACCUCAGGGUCCAGACAGGAAUGGGGUUGAGAAAGUAUCGAUGGAACUCCAGCACCGGGUCGGUGACAAGUCAGACUACCCUCUACAAUGUCGCACUGGUCCUGCCACACCAGCCAGUUGUAGACGUUUGAUCAUUCCCAGCCUCUCUUCCCCUUUCAGUCACGUGCACAGGCAUACUCUCUCCCUGCAUGGGCACACAGCCUUGCAGUUUGGCUGGUUUACAAUCAAUUCCUGCCCUUCUACACAAAUCACUGAGGUUUGUGCUUGGGAGUACAGCUCUUCCCCCAGUUAACAAAGAAGUAGGUGCCUAAAGAACUCUAUUAUGAAAGUUCCAAGUAUGGCAAACCUUUAACAUUUGUGGGGUGGUACAAAGGAAGCUCAUUGAUAUCCUCCCUCUAAAGAUGCACUUGUUUUAACAAGCUGAAUCGCACAAGUCAAUCAUUGCCACGUCGAUGAGCUCAGGUUUUUGAGAGAUUUUUAAUUUUACAUAGCUUAUUUAACAGAUUCCUUUCCAUUGACCCGAUCUAACUGUUAAACGUUACUGGUUUUUACAGACCUGUGUUUGAAAGACAGUCUCCAGGUCCUUCAUUGCAGCUAACAAAACCCUCAUUGAGCAAUAAAUUGAAUUAAAGAAAACUUUUUUUGUUGCAGCAAAGGUUUAAUUCAGUGUUCCCUAACCUGAACCCUUAUGUUCCCUAAAGGUUAAUGGGACUGGGCAGCCUGAGUUAGAAGGAGAGGCUGGAUAGGCUGUAGGAGGCUGAGGGGUGACACUUACAGAGAGGAGGGGCAUAGAUACGGUGAAGUGUCACAGUCUUUUUCCCAGGGUAAAUAGGAGCAACAGAUUUAAGGUGAGAGGAGUGACUUUAAAGGGGAUCUGAGGGGAACUUGUUCACACAGAGGGUGGUGGGUAUAUGGAACGAGCUGCCAGAGGAAGUGGCAGAGGCAGGUACAAUUACAACACAGGUAUAUAGGCAUGUUUGGCAUGGAUGUGUUGGGUCAAAGAACCUGUUUCCCUGCUGUAUAACUGUACCUCUAACCAGAGCAGAGCUCUGUAGUAGAGAGGAGGUGUGGUCAUGCAGUUUCUUUGCACUGUGUUUGUACAUGUGUGUGUGGUGGGGGGAGCUGCAACAGCAGAGCAGGUCAUGGAGAUGGCAGAGUUUUUCCAUUUAAGAUUUCUUAUUUUGUAGGGCAUACGUCAGCCAAACUCUUCAUCCUGCAUCUGGGGUUAGCGCCACACUGAUGCCUGAGGCAGGGCGCAGGUUGGAAUCAAUCACUGCACUAUGUGAACAUUUAUGUAAGUUUAAGCAGCAGACUGGCCACACCACAAUGGGGGAAAACAAAAAAUUACUUGGAAUUGUAUCCUCCAACUAAUGUGCAAUGGCAGAGGACAUCAAAAGUAAGACGUGUUGUAACAUACUUAAAUAAGCUUAAUACACACAAACUAUUUAAAUAGACACAAGGAUGGUGAUACCUUAACUCACAAGUAUCGCUAGUGGUACCAUUGGAAGCUUCUCCUACUAUCACGACGUUUGCCCAGGGGAUUCCAAGGCUGGGAUGUUCAAGUGUCAACAUCCUGAAGUCUGUCCUAAAUCGUGUGCUGGCUGUUUUGAUCACGCUCCUCGGAGUCAGAGGAUCUGGGUUUUGAGAGCCGCUCGAGCCACUUGAACCCAUGAUCCAUUCAGUCAUUCCCCGCACCACAGAAUUACUUCAUUGGCAAAGGUGUCGAUCAGCUGAGAGACCACACCUCCCAUCUGCCCUUUCACUUGGAUGUAAAGGAACUCGCAAUGCUUUGGAAGAAGAGCAAGAGGAUGUUCUCUCCAGUAUCCUGGGCUGAUAAUCCUCAGUCAACACCGCUAUCUUUCUGUUUGUGAGGACUUGCAGUACACAAAUUAUCUGCCACAGUUCCCUCUGUGUGACAGACAAAAAACAGGUCUUCAUUAGCUGUGGAUGCACUUUAUAAGGUAAAGAAAGGUGGUGCAUAAAUGCAAGUUCUUUCACAUCUUCCCUCUGAUGCAGGGUCUCGACCUGAAACGUCAAUCACCCCACACUUUGCCCCUGCAAAUGCUGCCUGACCUGGUGAGUCCCUCCAGCAGUUCAUUCUUUUGCUUCAGAUUCUGGCAUCUGCAGUCUCUUGUGUCUCCUCUGGUUUGUUGAGAUGUCCUGGGGUGGGGGGGUCUUAACUCCACACAGAAGUAGCCCUGGCUCAUACAGAGGUAAUUUGGAGCUGUCAAACUCUCAAGAUCAAUGUGUUUCACAAGAGGGUGCUCCACCAGCCCUGGCAUCAAGUUGCACCCCCUUCUCCUUCCCUCCACCAACAGAGUGUGAGAGAAAUUAAAAGCACCACUUAACCCCAUCCUUACCAGCAGUCCCUAAGCUUUCUAAAAAAAAAGGGCUGGAUCCUCACCUUGAGAAUAAGCUGUGGUAUGGUAUCAUUCUGACUGCUGAGGCUGUGUGGAGAAGAGUUUUGUGAUUAUUUAUUAAAGGUAUAGUGACUGAAGAAUGGGUUCCAGGCAGUUACAUUGGUUUAUUAUAGUCACAUGUACCAAGGUACAGUGAAGGACUGUGUUUUGCGUGCUACCCAUACAGAUUAUUUCAUCACAUCAGUGCAUUGAGGUAGAUCAAGGGAAAAGCAAUAACAGAAUGCAGAAUAUAAUACUACAGUUUCAGAGAAAGUGCAGUACAGGCAGACAAUAAGGUGCAAGGCCAUGCUGAGAUAUAUUUGUGAGGUCAAGAGUCCAUCUUAUCGUACUAGGGUACUGUUCAAUAGUCUUAUAAUUAUCUUGAGCCUGGUGGUACGUGUUUUCAGGCUUUUGUAUCUUCUGCCUGAUUUGUGUUGGGGGAGGGGGGGGAAGAAUGUUGCCAUAAUCAUUAAACUUUAUUAACGAAACAAGCACUGACAAUAGUCGGCAGGUCAGGCAGCAUCUGUGAACAUGCGAAAGAACUAUGUUAGGUUGUUUACCUGAAACCUUAUCUCUUUUUCUGAACAAGUACUGCCUCGCCCACUGAGUUUUUCCAAUAUUUUGUAUUUAAGAUUUCCAGCAUCUGAGCAUUGUGCUUUCAGUUUAGGUUCCUUGUUAAGUUUUGCUGGUCAUGACUCUGAAUUCACUUCCCUGGAGUGAAACUUCUACAAUACAGGUCUUUUUGAAUUGUUACCUUUACAAAAAAAAAGUUACUCUUUGAUAAAGGUUUGUGAUGUGUUCUGCACAUUGCAUUCUCUCGCCUGGACUUCUGACGCCUCCACCACCAUCAUCGAUUUUCAGAUUAUUGUAUUUUUCUGUCUUGGAGAGCUCCAAGUGAAAAUUCUGUACUGUUGCCCAUGUUCCCUCUUAUCUACGAGAGGUCCUAUGGACAUUUUUAUGCACAUCAGAUGUUGUGACAUUUAAUUACAGAGCAAAUGAAUGACUUGGAAGGAAAAUAUCUACAAAUAAAUUAAUUAUUGGUUCAAUGCUUCAA